AUGGUGCUUAUGUCAGCUGGGAUAAUUUUCCAAAGGGCUCUUCGAAACAUAUACAGACCUAUUUUUGAAGCAGCCGAUUGGGAAACUAAUGGAGAAGUAGUAGAGCUAGUUAUAGGUGUUGAUUGCUUGAAUUUAAAUCAGCUAUACCAGAUUAGGGUGUGCAAGACUUCAGAUUCCAAUAAUUUCAAAGAUUGCCCUUAUCAGGGCAAUUGUCCUAGAGUAUUCAGAUAUGUGAAGUACAAGGUUAAUGAGAAACCAACACCACAGAGUCUUAUUCCGAAAAACAUCAUUUUGAUCAUACCAACAAUUGGCAAAGGGAUGAAUUCUAAGGUGGGAGCAAAGAUAUCACAGGUUGGACCCAAGCCGACUGGUGUUGCGGGGUUGAAUGGGAGGGUGUAUGGGAGGGUGUAUGGGAGGGGAUCUUAUGCAACAACAUUAAAAGAUGGAAGCGCUAAGGGUUGGAUUUAUUUUCACGGUGAUCGAUGGCGGCUUAGAACGAGUGAACCUAUCAGUCAGAAAGUGUCUCCUUUAAAGGUUUUGGAUAAUGUCAAUCUACUGCAUAAGAGUAAUAAGUCCUAUCCGCCUCUAUGUUGCAACAAGGAUUCAGAACUUAAGUCUUCCAAUACCAGCUUAGGAGACUGUUCAAGAUCUUUUUCUGGUUUUAGUUUUCCUGAUGAGGACAGUUUAACACAUGACAGACCUUUCUCGACCCUUGAAGUGCUUGAAGUGAGAAUUCCACCUCGUAUUGAUAGUUUCAUGUCUUCUCCUGAAAGCAAUCUGAUUGAAGAUGAUUUGGAUAGUCCAGACUCAACUUUUGAGGAUGAUCAGCAUCCAGGCUAUGACUGUUCUGUAAAGGGAGCUCCUGAAUUAAACACAAAGUCCGAUGAUGCCUUUUUUGGCAAUUUCAAAGACGGAUGGCGGCUUGGAACGAGUGAACUAGAUUUUCUUAGUCAGAAAGUUUCUGCUUCAAAAGUUCUGCAUAAUGUCAAUCUAUUGCAUAAGAGUUAUAAGCCACCUCUAUGUCGCAACAAUGAUAAGCUUUGGGAGUCUUAUUUUUAUCUUGAACCUCGAUUGAUCCAUGAUGUCCAAAUUCCAAAGGAUUCAGAACUCAAGUCUUCCAAUACCAGCUUAGAAGACUAUUCAAGUUCUAUUUUUGGUUUUAGUUUUCCUGAUGAGGACAGUUUAAUUACAUAUGACGGACCUUUCUCGACCCUUGAAGUGCUUGAAGUGAGAAUUCCGCCUAGUUUCAUGUCUUCUCCUGAAAGCAAUCUGAUUGAUGAUGAUUUGGAUAGUCCAGACUCAACUUUUGAAAUGAUAAAGAGUCUUAUAGAAUCUGUACUCGGCGGUGAUGAUUACGAGGACGAUUAUUAUGAUUUUGACAAGGAUAAUUCCUCUAUGGCGGAGCUGGUCCAGCAUGGAAUGUCUGCAUAA